AUGCUAAUAGAUACUAAUGUUGGUCGUCGUUAUUCAUCAGUAAUAUCUAGUAAUACACGUUUUUGUAUAAGUUGUGGAGGUGGCUACUCAAAUAAUUCAAUAACACCGAAAUCAAACAAUUAUGAGCAAAUGAGAUGUUUUUCAGGACUUCCACUUUUCAAUUAUACAAAAAUGUAUGGAGAAAUUGAUGAUUUCAUAUUCCUUGUAAGUGCAUUAACAGAUUCAGAAAUUGCUACUUUUACUGCUUCUGAGACUCAGACUAAUGAUAUCUGA